CCCCCUUCUCUCCCGCAGAGUUCUCUCUCUCUCUCUCUCUCUACGAAAGCAGAAUCGAGUCGUUCUUUCCUGGGCUUCACCACCGAGCUUUCCACUGAGUAGAAGGCCAAUUUCUGCAGCGACACUCUCUGGAGAAAGGAGUUGAGGUGCAUUGAGAGGGAAUAAGAGAAAAUGAGCAAGUACGGUUUGAACCUUAGGCCACAGCAAAAGAAGCAGCCCGCGAGGCCUCCUCUUCCUACUGCUUUAGGUUUUGGCAAUGACGAUGACGAUGAUGUCGAGAAAGAGAUUUCUCGCCACGCUUCGAAGAAUAAGUCUCUCAAGGAAAUUGAGGAGCAGCAGAGGAAAGCCCUGGAAGAGGACCCCUCAGCUUUCGAUUAUGACGGAGUUUAUGAUGAAAUGAAGGCAAAAACCAUCCAACCUAAGGCACAAGAUCGUCAAGAGAGAAAGCCAAAAUAUAUUCAGAAUCUUCUUAGAAAAGCAGAACAACGACAACGGGAGCAAGAGAUAGUAUAUGAAAGAAAACUCGCCAAAGAGAGAAGUCAAGAGGACCACCUCUACGCAGAUAAGGACAAAUUUGUUACAAGUGCUUACAAAAAGAAACUUGCGGAGCAAGCAAAAUGGAUGGAGGAAGAACGUUUGCGUCAACGACGAGAAGAAAAAGAUGAUGUUACCAAGAAGACUGACUUGAGCGAUUUUUACUUCAACCUUGGAAAAAAUGUAGCAUUUGGUGCAAAAGACAUCGAGUCAAGGAAACAAGAGAGGCGUGUAGAAGAAUUGAGGAAGCCAGACAAACAUGGUGAUGCAGCGACUGCAGAAGCAUUGGAUAGAAAUCGGUCUGUCAAUAACUCACAUUCAUCGGUGGGAUCGUCUAAAGUGAGAGAGGAACAUCAAAGUGAAACUUCUCUUAGAAAGCAGCCAUCUGAGUCCUCUGAUCCAAAGCCAGUUUCAGAUCCUGACGUGAAGCCAGUUUCCGACACACCGGUGGCGGUGGAGGAAAAUUCUUCAGUCAAGGAACCACCAGAAGAGCAACCGAAGCGCGAACAUCAUAAAAGAACUGAAGACGCUCUGGCAGCAGCUAAAGAACGCUUCCUAGCACGGAAGAGAGCUAAAGAACAGUAAAACCAUAACUCUGAUGGGCAUGACAUUCUCUUGCGUGUCUUGUUUGCACCUUUAAAGGCUAUGCCCUGUGAUUGUGCUUAAUCCUAGUGCGAAUGAAGAUUAUGUAAUGUGCGACACCCAAGUAAUUGAGUAAUCUUUCCGUAUAUUUUUCUCUUUUUG